GCGCCAAACGUCGUCCUUUUGUCGAAUUUAAUUCGUCAUUCUUUAAUUAUGUGACACGUCAAAAGGUCGAUCGUAUGAUGUAUAUCUACAUGUAUUGUGUAGGAGACCGGUCAGUGUUUACCGACAUUGAUACCAUACGUGUUGAUGUCAUGGCCGAGUAAAUACUAUUUCGGGGUCAAACGAGUGUUUUGCAUGCUGGUGCAUCAGUGAUUUCUGUAUUGUCUAUCUCCUGAGCUGUGGGUUUGCGGGAUCACCGAGCAAGGUCCUCAGCCGUCUGAGUGGACACAUCUACAGCUACGUGCCCAAGAUCAAACUAGUAGCUUUUUUGGUUGUACCAUCAAGAUGGCGUCGAUUCGACCCUUAACAGAUGAUAUGGAGUAUUACCACAGAGCAUUCGGUGUUUAUGACCGAGUAGCUGACAGACAUAAUGUCCUGAUCAACUGGAUGGAAACCCAGCUCAAGGAAGUAGUCAAGACCAUGGGUGACGUCACUGGCCCAAUGAGAGCCCUGUGCAUUGGACCUGGAGACGGAACUAUUGAGAACACUGUUUUGAAAGUUCUCCGAUCCAGAACUGAGUCGAGCGGUCGUGUCAAUGCGACAGUUGUAGAGCCAGUACCUGACAUGGUGUCGCUCUUCAAGGCACGGAUAGCUGCCGACGAAACAUCCCACCAGCAGGGUAUGUCCUAUGCCUGGAAGACGCAAACACUGGACGAGUUCCGUGGAGAGAUUGCUGGAAAGGAUGAGGUCAAGUUCCACUUCAUCAGUUCUGUUCACUCCAUCUACUACGUUCCUGAUCUCGAAGCCACUAUGAAGGAUCUGUAUGACAGACUCGAACCCGGGGGUGUGAUGAUGGUCAUCGUGGUUUCAGAAAAUUGUGGCUUGGGGCGAUUGUGGAAAAGGUUUCCUCUCCUAGGGGGAGCCAGACAACACCAUCCAACAUCAGCAGAAGUCGAGGCUGCGUGCUCCAACCAGAACAUCCCUGUAUCGGAAAACUUCACCAUUAAAGUGAGGUCCAACAUCACAGCCUGUUUCAGCAAGCCAGAAGACCGAACGGAGGAUGCUAACCUACUGCUCAACUUCUUCACACACGCCGUGAACUUCGUGCAGGACGCCCCUGCAGAGCUCCAGAGCGAAGUGGUGGAGUACCUCGGAAGUGACGCGUGCACGGAGAAACGCGGCGGGGACCAGAUGUACUUCAUUGGAGAUUGGAAAGCCUUGAUUGUGCGACGCAAAUAAUCGAAACCAGUCUGUCAAUAUCGUUUACUAGACAACAACAUAAAGGCAAACUUUUAAAUUCAUUUCACAUUAUUUCCGUGAACAGCAAUUUUCAGAAUGCACAGCACAAUGUGUAGCGAACAGAGUAAUAUAAUGGAGGCCGAUUUUAAUGUAGAGGUACGGAGAUAACUCCCUGCCACUUGAGGGAGUCCAUUAUUUUACAUUCACACCCCCAAGAAUCAUACAUUUGUGGUUAGAUUAAACUCCAUUAUUCACAGUCUGAAUAUGGAACAACUUUUAAAUACAAUAUCUUGAUAAAAGUAGUAAUUUCAAGAAAACGUUGCACUAUUUUAGUGUUGCGAAAAGAAACUUCUUUAUGACGGUGAAUAGGUAUCAAGAGGCCCAGCCCGCGAAAAUGAUGACUGAGCGGGAAACACCGCCCUCUACUGACCUUAAAUAAAGUUGCAAAUAAUAAUGGGUCCAUUUCCCCACAUUAAUAAUACAAUGUUUUUGUUGAUGUUAAUUUAAUGAAACGUUUAUUUACAUGCUCUCUGACAGGAGAAAACUAUGUAGCGGAUCCAAAAUAGCGAAAUAAAGUCAACGUAAA